UAAAGCCGUUUAAGCAUUAAGCAACGUUUUAUUAAAACGGAUAAAAAGUAAAAAAAAAACCGAUAUUAAAAAAAAAAAUUGUUAUUAUACGCUUACUUUUGUUCAUGCAAACUCGCACCAAAAAGAGAAUAUUAUCUCAGUAUUCAAGUAUUUACUUGUAAAUUUCCCGGCAAUACUCCCUCUGCUUCGUAAAGCAGAAAGCGAGAUUGCUCAAAUUAAGCAAUAGGCGCAAUAAAAAAUUCUUAAGAAAGCAUCAAAGAGAGAGAGUAUACCCAGCAAAACCUGCGUGACCGAAACUCCCACACAUUUACACAUUUUUUACUUAUUACUAACACACCCUCACAAAUCAUUUAAAUGCGUAAAGAGUUUAUCCGCUGUGCCUUUUGAUUGUUUUAUAUUACAAGCUCUUCACACAACAUCUUUUCUAUAAAAACAAAACAAAAGAAGACAAAAUGAUUUCGGACUUGCCACUGUUUAUGGAAAACGAUGCAUGUAAAAGUAUACAACAUGAUAAUAUGAUUGUUAACAUUCGUUUAUUCGUUGCGAAAAUCGAAUUCAAAGAAAAAGAAAUUCGGCACGCGUGUUAAAUUGUGAAAACUUUGUAUUUUGAUUAAAGUUGGUCAUAUUUUAUGAAAAAAGUGAUUAAAAACGUGAUUAUAAAAGUGGUACAUAUAUAAUUUGAAAAGGUGAGUAAAAGGAGUAAAUUUUAAUAUGAAAAAAAAAAUACAUUUAGUGCUUACAUGAGCCGAGAAAAAAAGGCUUUUAAUGUCAGUGCCUCCAAAUUUGCCAAAAUAUGUAGUAUUAAUGUGAAUUCUGAUAGUGAUUCAAAUGUGGAAGAAUUGAGCUCCGUAGAUAUAUCUUUAAAUGAUUAUGAUAGCCAAGAUACCAUUGAUAGUGAUAGUGACAAUGUGAAUAUUGUAGUGAAAAAUGGUAAAUGUAAAGAAAUAAAAGCUUGGGCUUUACGCAAUAGAGUGUCCCACAAUACAGUGACUGAUUUGCUUCAAACCUUGCGAAAAAUAGGUUUAGUGGAUUUGCCCUUAACAGCAAAAAGUCUAUUAGGUACAAGUAGAAAAAAGGUUAAUAUUGAAACCAUUCCAAGUGGCGCGUUUUUAUAUAGAGGAAUUCAAAAUUAUUUUGAGAAAAAUUCAUUUCCUCACCUUGAAAUAAAAGAUAGCAUUGUACUUGAUAUAGGAAUGAUGGUCUUAGAUUAUUCAAAAAUUCGAAUAAGGUAUUAUGGCCAAUUUUAGCGUCCAUCGUUGAUUUUCCAAACGAAUUGCCAUUUACAGUAGCAUGUUUUUCUGGAACAGAAAAACCCUGGAAUAUUAACGAUUUCUUAAAAGACUUUUGUGAAGAAGUAGCUUAUUUAAAAGAAAACGGUCUUCAGGUAGGUUCUUCUUCCGUUAAAAAAAAAUUUAACAUUCGUUUAUUUUGCUGUGAUUCUCCCGCUCGAGCUUUUGUCACAGGUGUGCAAUCGCACACUGGAAAAAACAGCUGUUCGAAAUGCGAUCAAAUCGGAGAAUACAAAGAGAGAAGAGUUUGUUUUUCAAAACGAGUUAAUCACUUAAGAACUGACUUGUCUUUUAAAAAUAGUUUACAAAUAUUUCUCUAUUCCACAUGAGGGAAAGUUUCUCCUUAUACCCAUUCUACAUCAUUUAUUUAAUAAAUUUUCAAAUUAGGAUUUUUAAGUAUUUAUGUACAUAUAUUUUUCUCGGCUCAUUUUAUUACAUAUUCUUAAAUUUUUGGAAAAGAACUUUGAUACUGCCAAUUUUUAUUUCUCAACUAGAUGGAAAAUAUAUUUGACGAAAUUGACUUGGAGGAUUGUCCAACAUCGUCUUCAACUCCCGCAAAAGACCAAUUACAUUUAAAGCGUAAAAAGUUUAUCACGUCUGGUUGCUACAAUACAGAGGUCAGCAUUUCAAAACGACCUGUGGAAGGAAACGAUGUUAUUUACAUUUUAACCACUAUUUCCAAACAGCUUGACGAUUUGACGACGAGGGUAUGCGAUUUGGAAACUAAAAUCGAUAAGCAUUUAAAAGAAAAUAUUAUUCAUAAAAGUGAAGAAAUGGCGCAGCAAAAAACGGUUCGUGAAUGCAAGGUCCUCAUCCGCAAAAUUCAUCAAUCGGUAUGCCGAAUGACUGGUGAAGAUGUCGACAACGUUCAAACCGAAAUUGCUUCCACCCUACCAUUAAAUACGCUUGCUGCAGCUUUGGAAAUGGAUGAAAAAUUGAAAUGCGACGAAUUUGCUGCUACAACGAAACAAUUCGUUUUGAGGAUAAAAGGUACUUCAGAUAGUGUACAUGAUGUGUUGCGAAGUUUGUACACUGAUGAACUUCUUUAUUUAUGUAACUGGGACGGUAGGGGUGGGGAGCAACCUCUCUCCAAAUUCCUGCUGGUUUCCAACAUUUUAUACGAUUCAUUCAUAACGUAUGGAUUGGCAAUGUUCGAAAAACAAGUUAGAAAAGCCAUUGAAAUGAGCCACCAUAGGCACAAACAAAGAAUUUAUAGGAAGAGGAAAACUGAGGAGUGAACCCUUUAAAUAUUUAAUAAAAAGUUAUAUGUAUUUCUGAUAUUAUUAAAAAUAAUUAUUUUAAUACAUACUAGAUUUUAAGAAAGCAUUGCAA